GGCGCGUUUUGCAUGAAGAUGGCGGCUCCCACCGCCAGCAAGGCAGCCUCCCUGAGCUGUAACAACAAGCCUGCGUUCCCGGAGCUGGAUUUCAGGUCGGGAGCGCGGGUGGAGGAAUUGAACAAACUCAUCCAAGAAUUCACGAAGCACGACCAGCGGGAAUACGACGACCAGAGAGCGCUGGAAAUCCACACAGCCAAGGAUUUCAUCUUUUCUAUGCUGGGAAUGGUGCAAAAGCUGGACCAAAAACUUCCCGUGGCAAAUGAGUACCUGUUACUCUCUGGAGGAGUCAGGGAAGGCGUGGUGGAUCUGGACUUAGAUGAGCUCAAUGUGUAUGCCCGGGGGACUGACUAUGAUAUGGACUUCACCCUUCUGGUACCGGCCCUCAAACUGCAUGACCGCAACCAGCCCGUGACACUUGACAUGCGCCACUCAGCCUUAUGCCACUCCUGGCUGAGCCUCCGGCUCUUUGACGAGGGCACGAUCAGCAAAUGGAAAGACUGCUGUACCAUUGUGGACCACAUCAACGGUGCCACCAACUACUUCUUCUCCCCUACCAAAGUGGCUGACUGGUUCUAUGACUCCAUCAGCAUCGUCCUAUCUGAGAUACAGAGAAAACCCCAGAGGGGGAUGCCAAAGGUGGAAAAGGUAGAAAAGAAUGGGACUAUCAUCUCCAUUAUUCUGGGUGUAGGCAGCAGUCGCAUGUUGUACGAUAUCGUCCCUGUGGUGUCUUUCAAAGGCUGGCCCGCAGUGGCCCAGAGCUGGCUCAUGGAGAACCACUUUUGGGAUGGGAAGAUUACCGAGGAGGAGGUCAUCAGUGGGUUUUACCUGGUGCCUGCUUGCUCCUACAAGGGCAAGAAGGAUAACGAAUGGCGGCUCUCCUUUGCCAGGAGUGAGGUGCAGUUGAAGAAGUGCAUCUCCAGCAGUCUCAUGCAGGCCUACCAGGCCUGCAAAGCCAUCAUCAUUAAACUCCUGUCCCGCCCGAAGGCAAUCAGUCCCUACCACCUACGCAGCAUGAUGCUCUGGGCUUGCGACAGACUUCCGGCCAAUUACUUGGCUCAAGAGGACUAUGCAGCCCACUUCCUGCUGGGCCUCAUUGAUGACCUGCAACACUGCCUGGUCAACAAGAUGUGCCCCAAUUAUUUCAUCCCUCAGUGCAACAUGCUGGAGCACCUUUCGGAGGAGACCGUCAUGCUCCACGCGCGGAAGCUGUCCUCUGUGCGCUCAGACCCGGCCGAGCACUUGCGCACCGCCAUCGAGCACGUGAAGGCUGCCAACCGGCUGACCCUGGAGCUGCAGAGGCGCGGUAGCACCACCAGCAUCCCCUCCCCACAGUCUGAUGGAGGGGACCCCAAUCAGCCUGAUGAUCGUUUAGCCAAAAAACUGCAGCAACUGGUGACUGAGAACCCGGGAAAAUCCAUCUCUGUGUUUAUUAACCCUGAUGAUGUCACAAGGCCUCAUUUCAGAAUUGAUGAUAAAUUUUUCUGAGUGCUUUGCUGAUUUUUUUUUUCUUGGUUCCAAAAGUCUCAUAAUGUGUAGUGUGGAUUGUGAUGCUAUCUUUCCGUUUUUUACAUAUCCAGCCUAGAUUGGAUUUGUUAAGAACAAAUUUAAGUUUCCUGGUUCUGCAGGAUGGUGCAGGCUCUGAAACAGUAUAUUACUAUUUCACAAUCUGCCUCUGAUUUUGUUGUUUACGUUUUGUCAUCAUCGUUACCUAGUGUAUUGUUUUGUUUUUGGAGAACUUGAGCCAUAGAUGAGAAUGCCCAUGAAUCCUUUUGCUUUUUUGUUUUAUACUUUGUGCAAAUUUGCUACUGGGUAUGAGGAACCUUUUUUUUUUUUUUUCCCAGACACCAAGGAUUCUAUCGUUGCUAUUAUUUUGUGUUUGUUUUUGAAAUAAGCUUUUUUCCUUCUGGGUAUUUGAGAAUAUGCGCCUGGGAACUACCUGGCAUGUUAACUGGACUUACUUCUCUUCACCAGUGGCCAGAAUAGUCUGCCCAUGUCCACCAAACUUUGUAAGCAUUGAAAGUGAUAGUGCUGCCAUUGAAUGUAAUUGUCCUCAAACCGGAGAACAUGGAUGGCUUGGAGGGUGUUCCUGAAAGCUUUCCAAACAGAAUUAAGGUUUCCAAAUGUUAGUUUUAGUGUGUGUGUGACUAUUUGAAGCCUUAUUUAAAUCCUAUUAAAGAACAUACCAUUAUAAUUGUUAUUUGCACUAUUGACGUCUUUGCCACUGUCAGAGUUGCAACGUGUGUUUAAGUUAACAUCGACUCCUUAAAUGUUAUUUUUCCACUUAGCCCAUUUCUGUUCAUCAGUAGAAUGAUUAACUUUGCGUUUGUUUAGUUCUUUGAUUGUGGGGUCCUGUUUUGCUCUCUUUGAUAUUCCUGGUUCCUAUCUCACGGAGAACAAUUUUUAAAGCUUUAUAACUAUUAAUUGACUCCAUAGAAAGCUGGAGAAAACAUAUACUUGAUAAAG